UCUAAGCCAAAGUGUUCAAAUUAGCGAUGACUUGGAAAGCAUUCUGUUUAUUUCAAGACUGGCAUUAAACUAGAGGGGCAGACUACAGGGCUCAAGACAGAAAGGUACUGCACUUAAUCUCCAAGAACCUCACACUACCUAGGAAAGCAGUUUGAGACUUGGAUCCUACAUAAUAUAUAGGCUUCCUUCUCCCCCAGUAAUUGCCUUUUAAAAUUCAGAGCGGAUAUUGUGGGGACAUGGAGAAAAACUGCACAUGGCACCUUCUUUGUCCCUAUCAGCAUUGGCUUGAUUAUGGGGCUGCUUAGGAUGUUAGUAAAUAUUUGGUCUUCGCCAACAGUGUUUAGGUAACCUAGGGUUGUUUUUCUCCCAGGGAAUGACGUAGGGAAUGACCAUGACAUUGCUGGCCAACGCUGUGAAGAUCAUACUUUUAAAUCAAAUUCUGGGAAGGUUAGGCUAUACAAUGCCCCCCUCAGCAGUUGCCCUCUGCCCCUGCUUUUGGAAGCACUGAAAGUUUGUUGUCAUUUGACUUUCAGUGUUGAACUUGUAAUGCUUAAAAUGUUAUUAGUGAAACACUGUGGGCAGUUACCUUUAAAACCAGAGGCAAUGUUUCGGAAAAGAAAUAGAUAACACAAAAAGUUGACAGAUGUUACACAAAGUUCUUUGGCUUGUGUUUAUUACUCUGAAUGAAAAUUCAUUUUAAGAUUUAUAGUAUUAUCCAGUGGAGAGGAGCUGUGAUAUUGUUUUCUUCUGAAACACCAAGAGAAUUGACUCUUCUACUAUUUGUUGAAGGCUUAGUAAGUGCAAGAAACCUAGGGAGACUUACAGGUCCCUAGCCAAAAGAAGCUACAUGGCCAACAAGCAUAUAAAAUACUCAACAUCACUAAUCACUAGAGAAAUCCAAAUCAAAACUACAAUGAGAUAUCAUCUCACACCAGUCAGAAUGGCUAUUAAUAAAAGUCAAGAAAUAACAGAUGCUGGUUUCUGGUAAGGUUGUGGAGAAAAGGGAAUGCUUAUACAAUGCUGGUGGGAACGUAAAUUAGUUCAGUAACUGCGGAAAGCAGUGUGGCGAUUUCUCAAAGAGCUUAAAACAGAAUUACCAUUCCACCCAACAAUCCCAGUAUUGGGUCUAGACCCAAAAGAAUAUAAAUCAUUCUACCAUAAAGAUACAUGUACAUGUAUGUUCACUGCAGCACUAUUCACAAUCGUAAAGACAUGGCAUCAUCCUAAAUGCCCAUCACCAGUAGACUGAAGAAAAUACGGUACAUAUACACCAUGGACUACUAUGCAGCCAUAAAAAAGAAAGAGAUCAUGUCCUUUGUAGCAACAUGGAUGGAGCUGGAGGCCUUUAUCCUAAGUGAACUAAGGCGGAAAAGAAAACCAAAUACUGCAUGUUCUGACUUGUAAGUGAGAGCUAAACAUUGAGAACACAUGGACACAAAGAAAAGAACAACAGACACUGGGACCUACUUGAGGCUAGAGGGUGGGAGGAGGGAGAGGAUCAGAAAAAAUACCUGUGAAGUACUAUGCUUACUAUCUGGGUGACAAAAUAAUUUGUACACCAAACCCACAUGACAAGCAAUGUACCUAUAAAACAAACCUGUGCAUGUGUCCCGAACCUAAAAUAAAAGUAAAAAAAAAAAAAAAAAAAAAAAAAAAAGCAGUUUACCAUCUACGAAGGGUGGCACAUAUGCAAUGUUAACAAUAGCUGACAUUUAGAGAGUCCUUCUUAUAAGCAACUAACCACUUCGUAUAUGUAUUAACUCACCAACUCCCCACACCAACUCUGAGGAAAAUACUAUUAUUUCCACAGAGCAGGAACUUCCACAGAGAGGUUAAAAUAACUUGACUAAACCUGCCCAAAUUCGUAAGCGGCAGCCAGAAUCUAAACCUAGAUAGUCCGGUCCCGGGGACAGGUUCUUAACCACAAAGGCAUUUUCUAAAAUUGUUAAAGUACAGAAGCACAGGAAAGAGACAUUUUGGCCAGAAUAAGGGUUAAGGGAAGGCUUCAUGGAUGAAGUGGCAUUCGCUCUGGGUCUUGAAGGUCAACAGAUGGAGAGGGCUCCUGGGGAGGAAGGACUCUAACGGGGAAGGAACAGCCUGACGAAGAGGAACUUUGGGUACCAGCCAGCUGACGACAGCAAGAUCUGGUCCGGUGCGCGCGGGAGGAAGCUGGGAAGAGACGCCGAGCCCAGAUCCCGAGGUCCUUGAGGACCAGGCCCUCUCUGCAAGGAAUCGGGGAGGAAAAUCUCAAACUAUUAAUAGAAGAGCGGCAAAAAGGAAUUCGUUGGCACCCCUCCCUGUUGGAAGGACCUUCCCUGCCAGAGACCAAGACUGGCAGCACAGGUAUACUUCCCUCAGGGGGAAACAGCCGACAAAGGUGGUCAAGGUCGCCCGCGCGGGCUCUGGAGCUGCACGUUCUGGCCGAACACUCGCGUCCCGAGCACAGACGCUGGGUAUUUGGCUGCCAGCCCGGGCGCGCCAGGCCGGGCCUGGCAGCGCCAACACCUGCUCGGCGGGAACAGGAAGACCUGUGUUCGGGAACUCCCUCCGGCCACCUCCCCGUAGCCUCCUAGCCCUCGAAGGUCGAAAGGUGGCCUCUCAGCGACACCCGCCGCUCGCUCGGCUCCUCCCCUCAGCCGGGAGACCCAAGGAAUAACAGCCUCUGCGAUAGGAGCACGCUCUACCAAUCAACCGUAGUCUCCGCCCACGCCUCAGCCGGAGUAAAUUGCAUUGGUUGCAUCAUUCUCGGCCGCCGAUCAGAUUGUUUUCUUGGAUUGGCUGAUAGCGUUCCUUCUCCCCUGUCUCCUUGUCGUCAGAAGCUGACGAUUGGUUAAUCGCGUUGCCAAGCUCUGGACGCGGCUCGACCAUUGGAGGCCGCGGGCCCGCCCCCGCCGGCUAGGUGAAGGUGAGAGUCUCCUCCAGUCGCAACGUGCAGACCUGACGGGCCAGCUCCGGGCGAGGGGUGAAACCUCUUGAUUUCCUACUCUCUCGAUAUGGCACCUCCGUCAGUCUUUGCCGAGGUUCCGCAGGCCCAGCCUGUCCUGGUCUUCAAGCUCACUGCCGACUUCAGGGAGGAUCCGGACCCCCGCAAGGUCAACCUGGGAGUGGGAGCGUAUCGCACGGAUGACUGCCAUCCCUGGGUUUUGCCAGUAGUGAAGAAAGUGGAGCAGAAGAUUGCUAAUGACAAUAGCCUAAAUCAUGAGUAUCUGCCAAUCCUGGGCCUGGCGGAGUUCCGGAGCUGUGCUUCUCGUCUUGCUCUUGGGGAUGACAGCCCAGCUCUCAAGGAGAAGCGGGUAGGAGGUGUGCAGUCUUUGGGGGGAACAGGUGCACUUCGAAUUGGAGCUGAUUUCUUAGCACGUUGGUACAAUGGAACAAACAACAAGAACACACCCGUCUAUGUGUCCUCACCAACCUGGGAGAAUCACAAUGCUGUGUUUUCCGCUGCUGGUUUUAAAGACAUUCGGUCCUAUCGCUACUGGGAUGCAGAGAAGAGAGGACUGGACCUCCAGGGCCUACUGAAUGAUCUGGAGAACGCUCCUGAGUUCUCCAUUGUUGUCCUCCACGCCUGUGCACACAACCCAACUGGGACCGACCCAACUCCGGAGCAGUGGAAGCAGAUUGCUUCUGUCAUGAAGCACCGGUUUCUGUUCCCCUUCUUUGACUCAGCCUAUCAGGGCUUCGCAUCUGGAAACCUGGAGAGAGAUGCCUGGGCCAUUCGCUAUUUUGUGUCUGAAGGCUUCGAGUUCUUCUGUGCCCAGUCCUUCUCCAAGAACUUCGGGCUCUACAAUGAGAGAGUUGGGAAUCUGACUGUGGUUGGAAAAGAACCUGAGGGCAUCCUGCGAGUCCUUUCCCAGAUGGAGAAGAUUGUGCGGAUUACUUGGUCCAAUCCCCCUGCCCAGGGAGCACGAAUCGUGGCCAGCACCCUCUCUAACCCUGAGCUCUUUGAGGAAUGGACAGGUAAUGUGAAGACAAUGGCUGACCGGAUUCUGACCAUGAGAUCUGAACUCAGGGCACGACUGGAAGCCCUCAAAACCCCUGGGACCUGGAACCACAUCACUGAUCAAAUUGGCAUGUUCAGCUUCACCGGGUUGAACCCCAAGCAGGUUGAGUAUCUGAUCAAUGAAAAGCACAUCUACCUGCUGCCAAGUGGUCGAAUCAACGUGAGUGGCUUAACCACCAAAAAUCUAGAUUACGUGGCCACCUCCAUCCAUGAAGCAGUCACCAAAAUCCAGUGAAGAAACACCACCCGUCCAGUACCACCAAAGUAGUUCUCUGUCAUGUGUGUUCCCUGCCUGCACAAACCUACAUGUACAUAUGAUGGAUUAGAGACACUUGCAGGACUGAAAGGCUGCUCUGGUGAGGCGGCCCCACAUGAAGAGAACAUCCCUUGAGACGAAUUUGGAGACUGGGAUUAGAGCCUUUGGAGGUCAAAGCAAAUUAAGAUUUUUAUUUAAGAAUAAAAGAGUACUUUGAUCAUGAGACAUAGGUAUCUUGUCCCUCUCACUAAAAAGCAGGAGUGUUGCGUGUGGCGGCCACGUGCUUCUAUGUGGUGUUUGACUGUACAAAGUCUAGUCCCAAAGAUCAAGUUGUCUGAAGGAGCCAAAGUGUGAAUGUGGGUGUCGGCUGUGGCAUUAAACUCAUCAUCUCAACCCAGAGUGUCUGGUCUCCCUGCUCUUUCUGCAUGGUUGUGUCCCUAGUCCUAAGCUUUGGUUCUUUAGGGUGACUGUGGUAAGAAGGAUAUUUAAUCAUGACAUGCAUGGACACAUACAUAUUUAACUGAAACAGAAGUUUCACCAAACAGUAUUUACUCGUGAUGUGUGUAGUGCAUUCUGAUAUUUUCGAGCCAUUCUAUUGUGUUCUACUUCACCUAAAAAAAUAAAAUAAAAAUGUUGAUCAAGA